UCUUUUUCCACUUCGUUCGCUACAACGCACUCGUUAAUACAACACAACUUUACAUUCGCUCAAACACACACAUCCACAAACAUCUCAUUAUCUUCAAUUAUCAACCGUAAACAUGCGUUUCGCCAACAUUGCUGUUUACUCCACCUUCGCGGCUUCUACGCUCGCUGCCCCCGCUCCCAACACCCGCGUUGAGUUGACCCGCCGCACUUGGGGCUCCGGCGGUCACCGUUGGGGAAGCGGCUUGAAGGGCUUGGUCGGUCUCGGUGGACAAGGCGGUGUAGGAGGCUCUGCCUCUGGCCAAGUGGGCGGCUCUGCUGGUCUUGGAGCUGGUCUUGGAGGUUCUGCCGGCGGUCUUUUUGGUCUCGGUGGCCAUGGUGGUGCUGGAGCUGGUGUUGGAGGCUCAGCAGGCGCCGGUGGUGAGGGAGAGGGCUAUGCCGAUGGCGAGGGAGAGGGUUAUGCCGAUGGAGAAGGAGAAGGAGAGGGCUAUGCCGAUGGUGAAGGAGAGGGCUACGCUGGUGGCGAGGGAGAAGCCGAAGGCGAAGCUGGAGCCGGCGUUGGCGGAGAAGCUGGUGCUGGACUUGGCGGCUCUGUCGGAGGUGGAAUCGGUGGAUCAGUCGGCGGAGAGGCUGGUCUCGGCGGAUCCGUUGGCGGCGAGGCCGGUGCUGGCGGAGAAGCUGGAGCUGGUGUCGGUGGAGAAGCUGGCGCUGGUGUCGGCGGAGAAGCUGGCGCUGGUGUCGGCGGAGAAGCUGGCGCUGGUGUCGGCGGAGAAGCUGGCGCUGGUGUCGGUGGAGAAGCUGGUGCUGGACUUGGUGGCUCAGUCGGAGGUGGAAUCGGCGGAUCCGUUGGCGGAGAGGCUGGUGCUGGCGCCGGUGGCGAUGUUGAUGCUGGAAUCGGAGGCGAGGGCGAGGGUGAAGCCGGUGCUGGUGUUGGUGGUGAGGCUGGUGUUGGCGGCUCCGUUGGAGGUGGUGUCGGCGGCGAAGCUGGUGCGGGUGUUGGUGCAGGCAUUGGUGGCGACGCCGCUGUCGGUGUCGACGCUAUAGUCUCGUCUCUCAACGGCUGCAUUGAGGGAGUCAAGGGACACACAGCCAACAUUAACGCUACCAUCUCCGGUGAUCUCUCCAACCAAGCCGAGGUCGUUGCUGCUGUCAAAGCCGAGUUCGUUGCCAUCAUUGAGCUCGUCGGUUCCAUCUCUGGUCAAGUCUCCGCCGGUCUCUCUGGUUCUAUCGGUGCCGGUAUCAGCGGUGAUGUCAAGGGCCAACUCGCCGGUCUCUGCUUCACUCUCUUUGCUGAAAUUCUUUUCACCCUCAAGUUCGCUCUCGGUGCUCUCAAGAUCUCCGCUUUCGAACUCCUCGGCAGCUCUAUCUUCCUUCUCCUUUCUGUCUGCUUCAACCUCGUCGCUGCUUUCAACGUUUUCGCGGAUGGAACUCUCUCCCUUGUUUUCGGUCUCCUUGGCGGUGUCGAGGGCGUCUUGAGCGGUGUCCUCGGUGGCUUGUUCGGAAACCUCAAGGUUAUCCUCGGUGGUAGCUUCAACCUCCUCGGUGGUGUUCUCGGCUGCCUCUUUUAA